CGGGGAGCGGGGCUGCGCGAGCGUCACUGACGGAGCGGAGCGCUCGCCAUGGCACAGUUCGUGUUCGAGACGGACCUGCACGGGCUGCUGAAGCUGGACACGCCGAUCCCCAACGCGCCGCCCGCGCGGUGGCAGCGCAAAGCCAAGGAGAGCGGCGACCCCGGGCCCAGCCCCGCCGCCAUCGUGUCGCCCAUGAAGCCGAUCAACCGCUCCCACAGCUCCAGCAAGACGCCGUCCAGGACACCCGGUAAAUCUGGAUCCAAAAUCCAGAACACACCAACAAAGGCUGGGGGUGAUCGCUACAUUCCCAAUCGCAGCACUAUGCAGAUGGACAUGGCAAAUUUCCUCCUAACCAAAGAGAAUGACCCUGCUGAGGAAUCACCUACCAAGAAGGAGCAACAGAAAGCCUGGGCAGUGAAUCUGAAUGGCUUUGAUAUAGAAGAGGCAAAGAUCCUCCGCCUCAGUGGAAAGCCACAGAAUGCUCCAGAAGGCUAUCAGAACAACCUGAAAGUGCUCUACAGUCAGAAAAUGACACCUGGAUCCAGCAGGAAGAACGGCAGAUACAUUUCCUCAAUGCCAGACCGGAUCCUAGAUGCACCAGAGAUCCGCAAUGACUAUUAUCUGAAUCUCAUUGACUGGAGCUCUCAGAACUUCCUAGCAGUGGCUCUGGACAACUCUGUCUAUCUGUGGAAUCACACCACUGGUGAGAUUAUCCAGCUGUUGCAGAUGGAGCAUCCAGAUGAUUACAUUUCUUCUGUGUCAUGGAUUAAAGAAGGAAACUACCUUGCUGUUGGCACAAGUAAUGCUGAGGUCCAGCUAUGGGACAUACAGCAGCAGAAACGUCUCCGAAACAUGACCAGCCAUUCUUCCCGUGUGGGGUCCCUCAGCUGGAACAGCUACAUCCUCUCCAGCGGGGCACGGACUGGCCACAUCCACCACCACGAUGUCAGAGUGGCUGAGCACCAUGUGGCCACACUUGCUGGCCACACGCAGGAGGUGUGUGGGCUCAAGUGGUCUCUAGAUGGUCGCUACCUGGCUAGUGGUGGCAAUGACAACCUGGUGAACAUCUGGCCAUGCACCCAGGGGGACAGCGGAGACUUUGCUCCUGUACAGACCUUCACUCAGCACCAGGGUGCUGUCAAGGCUGUGGCAUGGUGCCCGUGGCAGUCCAAUGUUCUGGCCACCGGAGGUGGGACUAGUGACAGACAUAUCCGCAUCUGGAAUGUGUGUUCUGGCACCUGCCUCAGUGCUGUUGAUGCCCACUCCCAGGUCUGUUCUAUCCUGUGGUCAACAAACUACAAGGAGUUCAUUUCAGGCCAUGGCUUUGCACAGAAUCAGCUGGUUAUAUGGAAGUAUCCAACAAUGGCCAAGGUCACUGAGCUGCGAGGUCACACCGCCAGAGUCUUGAACCUGACCAUGAGCCCUGAUGGUGCAACAGUGGCCUCAGCAGCUGCUGAUGAAACACUGCGGCUCUGGCGCUGUUUUGAGAUGGAUCCCAUAAAGAAGAAAGAGAAAGAAAAGGCAAACAGUGCCAAAAGCAGCAUCAUUCACCAGGGCAUCCGCUGAGUGCACAGGGCUGCUGUGGGGAGAGGGGAAGCAUGUUGUACAGUAUUUUAAAAGUUAAUAAACUGCUCUAGUUUGCCUUUGUUUU